AUGGGUGUCCCAAAGUUCUUUCGAUGGAUGUCCGAGCGCUAUCCGGGCAUCUCUCAGCUUAUUGCGGAGAAUCGCAUUCCCGAGUUCGACUGUCUCUAUCUUGACAUGAACGGUAUCAUUCACAACUGCACGCACAACGACUCCGAUGGCGCGACUGCCCGUAAAUCCGAGGACCAGAUGUUCCUCGACAUCUUUAACUACAUCGAGCAUUUGUUUGGCAAGAUCAAGCCCAAGCAGCUCUUCUUCAUGGCCAUCGAUGGUGUCGCCCCGCGCGCCAAGAUGAACCAGCAGCGUGCGCGUCGUUUCAGGACCGCUCUCGAUGCGGAGAAGGCCCGUGACAAGGCCAUCCGUGAGGGCGUCGAGAUGCCCAAGGAGGAAGCAUUUGAUAGCAAUUGCAUUACUCCCGGUACCGCGUUCAUGGCGAAGCUCACGCAGCAACUGAAGUACUUCAUAAACAAGAAGGUCUCCGAGGACAUGGAUUGGCAGGGCGUGGAAGUCGUUCUGUCUGGUCACGAGGUACCCGGAGAAGGAGAACACAAAGUCAUGGAGUAUAUCCGCCAGGCAAAGGCACAACCGGGUUACGACCCAAACCGCCGCCACUGCUUGUACGGCCUCGACGCAGAUCUGAUCAUGUUGGGUCUGCUUAGCCACGACCCUCAUUUCUGCUUGUUGCGUGAGGAGGUGACUUUUGGUCGCCAGAGCCAGACCAAGUCCAAGGAGUUGGAACACCAGAACUUUUACCUCAUGCACCUUUGCAUUGUUCGAGAAUAUCUGGAGCUGGAAUUCCAGGAAUUAGCAGAGCCUGGUGCUCUCGGCUUUCCAUUUGAUAUGGAGCGAGUCAUUGACGAUUUCAUCCUUAUGGCUUUCUUUGUUGGUAACGAUUUCCUUCCCAAUCUUCCGCACUUGCACAUCAACGAGGGUGCUUUAGCUCUCAUGUUCAACGUCUACAAGACGGUGCUACCCAAGGGUAAAGGGUACAUUAAUGAGGAGGGUGUCAUAAACAUGGAACGUCUUGUUCUUCUGCUCGACGAAUUGUCGCAGAUUGAAUACCGACACUUCGAAUCAGAAAACGCAGAUGCCGCAUGGUUCAAGGGGAAGCGUUUAGAGAAGGAGGAUGUCAUGCAGAAGACUGCACGGCGUGGUACAGUUAUCAUGUCGACGCAACAGAAGCAGCUCUUCUCCAAGAUCAAGAGCUGGUUAGGACAUUAUUUGGAGAAGAAGGAGCCGGCCCCGCUGGAUCUACCAGUGGAACUAAACGCAGAAGAUCGCAAGUUCGUUCAGGAGUUGGCAGACAAGUUGCACUUGGUGUGGAAGACUGUUCAAAAUGACGACGGCGACCGUCACAUUCAGGUGUCAGCGCCUCCUAAGCUGGUUGAGGACGAUGAAGAUGACGAAGACGACAACAUGGACGACGAAUCAACCAAGGCCAUCACGCGGGUCAUUCAGAAGUACGAGGCCGCCAAGAUUGUUGACAUUUCAGCCGAAGAUGCCCAGAACGAGAUGCAGAAGAAGUAUGACGAGAAGUUCGAUGCCUGGAAGAACGACUACUACAAGAGCAAGUUCGAAUGGGACCGCAGCAAUGAGGAGGAGUUGCGCAAGCUCACUGAGAACUACGUGCAAGGUCUGCAGUGGGUACUAUACUACUAUUACCGUGGUGUAGCAUCCUGGCCAUGGUACUACGGUUACCACUACUCGCCCAUGAUCUCUGACGUGAAGAGGGGAAUCAAAGCGAACAUCGACUUUAAACUUGGCCAACCCUUCAAGCCUUUCCAGCAGUUGAUGGGCGUUUUGCCAGAUCGAAGUAAAUCGAUCGUACCAAAGGCAUACCAUCCUCUCAUGACAAGCGAAGACUCACCGAUUAUCGACUUCUACCCACGAGACUUUACCCUCGACAUGAAUGGCAAGAAGCAGGACUGGGAGGCAGUGGUCAAAAUUCCAUUCAUUGAAGAGGACCGCCUGUUGAAGGCAAUGGCCACCAAAGAGGAUGAUCUCACUGCAGAUGAGAAGUCUCGCAACUCCUUUGGGGUCUCGCUCAAGUUCACGUAUUCGAGGGAUUUGGACUUUAUCUACCCAUCGUCUCUACCUGGAGUGUUUCCUGAUCUACCACACUGCAAGUGUAUCGAGAACAUUUACGAAUUGCCGACUAUGGAAGGUCUUGAGUACUACAUUGGUCUCAUGGACGGUGUCAAGACAGGAUCAGCUGCGUUGGCUGGUUUCCCAAGUCUCAAGGUCUUGCCGUUCCAUGGCAAGCUUGAGUUCGCCAGUGUCAACAUCUUUCAGCAAGACAGUCGCAACGAGAGCAUGACGAUCACCCUCCUGGAUACCGCGCCACGACAGCCAGUGAGCCACGCGAAAGAGAAGCUCGGCAAGGCGGUCCAUGUGGGAUACCCCUUUUUGCAUGAGGCGAAAGUAGUCAAAGUGGCUGACGAGCUCUUUGACUAUGUGUUGCCGGAGUCAGGGCCAUCAGUCCCAGUUGCAAUCCCGCACGACUCACGACAGAUUUCCGAUUGGAAGAAGACGGCCGACCGCAUCGAAAAGUUCUACAGCAAGCGCCUGGGCAUUAUGAUCGGUGAAAUUGAAUCCCUUGUGUAUGUAGAAAUGCUCAAGGGUCUCCGAAAGACCGAUGAAGGUGCAACUAUCAAGGAGUAUGGCGAGGUCCAGGGUGCGGGCGUGGAGUACGCCACUCAGACCAUUGUCGACCAGGUCAUCAGCGAGGACACUCGUUUCCUAGAGAAGGAGGCAUUGCCCAUCGAAGAAGAAUUCCCAGAGGGUGCGCGAGCAUUUUACCUUGGUGACUACGCGUAUGGCCGACCUCUGCAAGUUGUUGGCCACGCUGAGAAUAAGGCCACUAUCAUGGUUGCGAAGCUGAAGAAGCAGGAGCCGGAUUUUGGACGUGCUAUUGUCAGAAGGGCGGAACAGACGACGCCAUACUUGCCCUCGUAUGUUGUCGCACGUUCAUUGAACAUGCCUCCACUAGCAUUGUCCAAGUUGACUUCCGCAUUCAAUGUCAACUCAAGCGGUCUCAAGCUGAACAUUGGUUUGAACUUGAAGUUCGAGGCGAAGAAGCUCAAGGUCUUGGGCUAUUCCAGGAAGUCCGCGAACGGCUGGGAGUACAGCCAGAAGGCUAUUGACCUGCUUGCUCAGUACAUGAUCAAAUUUCCUGACUUUGUUGCUGCUAUCAUCAACAAUCCCACCGGUGACGGCUGGCAGGACACGGACUUCUACGCCCCCGAAGUCGCCAAGCAGAAGAUCAAGGAGAUUGUUGCGUGGUUGAAGGAGGUCCAGACGAAGAGUUUCGAAAAAGUUCCCCUGGAUGCGGAGCAGCUCGACUCAGAUACUGUCAAGCUGAUCGAGCAGGCUGCCGAUGCCAACUUGCCUAUCACACAGGAUGUCGAGCCGAAGAAGAUUGGCAAAGUUCCGCGCAACGCCUUGUUGAAGCCUUCCGAUGCGGAGCAACGCCUCCAUGACCAAGAGUUCACGAUUGGUGAUCGCAUUGUCUAUGUUCAGGAUUCUGGAAGAGUUCCCAUUGGAUCUGCCGGCACAGUGAUUGGAAAGACGAGGACCGCCCGUGUCAUGCUACUCGAUGUUGUUUUCGACGCAACCUUCAUGAGCGGCACUUCACUUGGCGACCGAUGCUCACCUUUUAGAGGCUCUACCGUUCCUUCCACCGCUGUUCUGAACAUGACUGAUCGUCAGGUCGUGUCAUACUCAUCAGCUGGAACUGCCAAGCGUCCGCAGCAGGCUCCUUCGUCGUACAACAUGCCCAAAUUUGGUGCUCCCGGUGGACCACAACUUCAACCUGCUGGCGCUCCACCACCUCUACGUGGCUCAUACCGAGGUGCCUUUGGUGGUGCCAAUGGCAAUGGAGUGUCCCGCGGAGGGCGCGGCGGUGGUGCUGCGCCGCGACAGAAUGGUGCACCGCAACAAGGCGCCGAACAGACCCUGCCCAUCCACGGCGGACCACCACGUGGCGGUCGCGGUGGCUUUGCUGCACGCGGACAAGCAAACGGAAACCAGUUUCAAAACCAGAACCAGAAUCCCAACGGGAACCACAUGCGCGGCCGUGGCGGAGCUCAGGACUUUGUUCCUCGUGGCCGUGGCGGCCCCAAAGGUAACCGCGGUGGCUUCACUGUCACCGACAUGAGCGAUCCUUCUGAGGGCGUCGUUCCGAACAACCCCAACUUUCGCCCGCAGAACUACUCGAACGUGCCUCCGCCAGCUAACCUAGAUGCACGGGGAGGCAGAGGCCGAGGCCGGGGACGUGGAGGCUUCCGUGGCCGUGGACCUAGAGGUGGUGCGCCGCCGCCAGCCGCGCAGUAG